AGGAUACAGGUGCUUCAAGAUGGCGGACAACGUUCCGAGUGUAGAAGAGCUACGCAAACUUCGUGUCGUGGACCUCAAAGAGAGGCUCCAUGCCGAAGGUUUGACGGUGUCCGGCUUGAAGGAAGCACUGGUCCAAAGAUUACAUGAGCAUUACCAGCAGAAGGCCAUGGAAGCGGAACAACCUCCCUCACUACAAGAGGAGCAGAUGAUGCAACAGCCUCAUUCUGCAUACCUUCCCCAGUCUGAGACAUUGCCUCCCAUGUUUUCACCACCACAGCAAGCACCAGUUGACAUCAUGCCACCAUCAUUAUUCUCAAUGCAGGGAGGUGGUGACCAAAUGGCAAUGCCCCAGAUGAUGGGACAACCAGAAAUCCCAGUGUCUGUGCCUCUUCCUGCAGUCAUGUCUCAUGAUGGAAGACCUGACCAGCAGCAGCAGCAGCAGCAACAGGCACAACCUCCCAUACAGGCCAAUGUGGCCAGUGUUCAGGCAUUUCAACCAGAACCCACCCCGCAGGCUUUCCAUCAACAACCUGCCCCACAGGUAUUUCAACAAGACCUGGCUUCUGGUCCUCCUCCUCCUCAGGCUCCUAUGCCUAUGCCGGAACCUGUUGUGCCAGCUCCAAUGUCUGUGCAGUCCUCUGGUGGCAGUGCAGCCCCUGCACCCUGGGAGGCUGCAGAUGUAAAGCCAAGCCUACCUUCCACUAUGUCAGCGGCCCCACCACCAUCUGUGGCCAAGGUGAGUGACCACCCUGGGUCAGUGACACCACCCUGGGCAACACCCCCAGCAUCGCAGGCAUCUUCACAACCAGUUCCCAUGAGUGCUCAGGGAGCAAGUCCAGCUGAGAAGAAACCACAAAUGGACCCCAGUUUGAUUCAGCUUGCUCAGCAGCAGCGGGCACUAAUAGAACAGGAAAGACAGCAAGCAAUGGAACAAGAGUUGCAAGGGAAAGCAUUACUUCAACAACAGUUAUUGGAAGCAGAGAAACAAAAAGAGAUGCUAGGCAUGCAGCAAAAGGCUUUGUUGGAAGAACAGAAAAAAGAACAAGAAAUGUUGGAGCGGGCAUUGCAGCAACAGCAGCUGCUUGAGGCAGAGAAACAGCAGCAGAUUGUUCAACAGCAAAAUCAACAAAUGCAAGGUCCACCCCCUCAAGGCCCUCCACAGGGUAUGCCGCAAGGUCCACCCCCUCAAGGCCCUCCACAAGGCAUGCCACAAGGUCCACCCCUUCAAGGCCCUCCACAGGGCAUUCCGCAAGGUCCACCCCCUCAAGGCCCACCACAAGGUAUGCCACCAGCACCCCCUCAAAGUAUGCCACAAGGCCCGCCCCAGGGAAUGCCCCAAGGUCCACCCCAGGGCAUGCCACAAGGUCCUCCACCAGGUCUCCAGCAAGGUCCUCCACCUGGCAUGCCACAGGGCCCUCCUCAGGGCCUACCACAAGGUGUACCCCAAGGGACACCCCCGGGUAUGCCACCCAAUGUAGGCGGCCCUCCACCAAGAUUUGAGAGAGAUGAGGGCCCAGAGGGACAGAGACAGCAGCCACCACCUCCUCCUCAGCUUAUGGGAGAGCCUGCCAGACCGACUCAGCAGAUACAAGAACUCAGGCCACCACCUCGGGUGGAGGAGGAAAGGCCCAAAGAAAUCAGAUUGCCACAAGCCCUGGAGAAGGUGUUAGCAUUCAAAGAUGUGAGGGCACAGCAGGUAGGGGUGACCACAGAGGAAAUGGAAGAGGAGGAGCAAGUGCAAGAAGAAUAUGAAGCAGAAGACUACAUCAAUGAAGAUUAUGGUGAAGAUGAAGAUGAUGAACCGCCUAGAAUAGAACAACAACAGACAGUGAAAGAAUCCAAGAACAAGAGAAAGAAGAAGAAAAAGAAGAGGCGAGCCAAGCAAAGAUUUCAACAGAAACAGGAGCAAAAUAAAGCUCACCAAGAAGAAACGCCCAAUGAUGAUGUAGUUGUUGAGUACAUUCCAGAGCAGUUAGAUAUUGAUCCAUCUGAUCCAAGCUACAGAGAUUUUAUGAAGAUAUUUGAAGCUUUCAAGAUUACUGAGAUUGAGAAAGCAAAGGAGGUAGGAAAAACUGAAGAGAAGAAAGACGACAGAGCAAAAGAACCUGAGGCAAUUACUAAGGGGCAGCAUCUUAUGGAUUUACAUGAUAUGGAGGAAGAGGAGCCACCAAUAGAAGAAGAAAAACCAAAACUUUCCAAGAAAAAGAUGAAAAAAUUAAACAGAUUAAGUGUAGCAGAAUUGAAACAGCUGGUAAGCAGGCCUGAUCUAGUUGAAAUGCAUGAUGUGACUGCUCAGGACCCAAAAUUAUUAGUCAGUUUAAAGGCUACUAGGAAUACAGUAAGUGUACCUAGGCACUGGUGUUUUAAAAGGAAGUACCUCCAAGGUAAAAGAGGUAUAGAGAAGCCACCAUUUGAUUUACCAGACUUCAUUAAGAACACUGGCAUUAUGGAAAUGAGAGCAGCUUUGGCAGAAAAGGAAGAACAGAAGACAUUAAAGUCAAAAAUGAGGGAAAAAGUUCGACCAAAGAUGGGGAAGAUUGACAUAGAUUAUCAGAAGCUUCAUGAUGCCUUUUUCAAGUAUCAAACAAAGCCGAAGAUGACAAUCCAUGGGGAUUUAUAUUAUGAGGGAAAGGAGUUUGAAACGAGGUUAAAAGAAAAGAAACCAGGCAACCUAAGUGAUGAACUAAGAACAGCCUUGGGAAUGCCUAUAGGACCUAAUUCUGAAAAGUUUCCUCCUCCAUGGCUAAUUGCAAUGCAGAGGUAUGGCCCACCUCCCUCCUAUCCCAAUCUGAAGGUGCCAGGACUCAAUGCACCUAUACCAGAGGCUUGUGCAUUUGGGUACCAUGCUGGUGGAUGGGGCAAGCCACCUGUGGAUGAAACUGGAAAACCUCUGUAUGGAGAUGUAUUUGGAACACAGAGUGGAGAGUUCCAGGACCCUGUGCAAGAAGAGGACAUAGAUAGGUCGUACUGGGGUGAAUUAGAGUCUGAGUCAGAGGAAGAAGAAUCCUCAGAAGAAGAGAGCGAAGAAGAGGAAGAUGUGGAUAAAAGUGGUUUAAUUACUCCAGGGGAAACUGGUCUCAUUACUCCGAGUGGAGUAACCUCAGUACCAGCCGGAAUGGAGACACCCGACAUGAUAGAGCUGAGGAAGAAGAGGAUAGAAGACGCCAUGGACCAGGGCGGCGACACUCCAGCUCUGUACCAAGUGUUACCAGAGAAGAAAGCGGCCGUGGGAGGGGCCAUGAUGGGAUCUGCACACAUAUAUGAUAUCACUGGGGUUACAGGCAAGAAACCAGGAGAGAAGGUAGCAGAGGGCGUGGAGAUAGCACUGAAUCCAGAGGAAUUGGACUUGGACACUGCUGCCAUGCAGGUGAAAUAUGAACAGACAUUAAAAGAACAGCAGUCUCAGCUGGAGAAAGAAGAUCUCAGUGACAUGGUAGCUGAACAUGCUGCUAAACAAAAGAAGCGAAAGAAGCAACAAGAUGGUGGAAAAGCUGCCAAGAAAUAUAAGGAGUUCAAGUUUUAGGGGUUGUCAUUUUCCCCAAGCAUUAUUCCAAAAAAUAUAGACUGUGGAUGUGUGCAAAGGGAAAGUUAUGGGACUACUUGAUUUAGAAGAAGGGUCAUGACAUUUUGUUGCAUUUUAUAUUUUAAGCUACAAUUAGAAGAUAGACAAAAUGUUAAAUUUCCAAGUGUAUUGGAGUUGAUCUGUAUAUUAUAUAUAACAUACGUGAUCUGUAAAUGUUCAGUUUUAAAGGUUCUGUGUAGAAUGAUACAACAGACUACAGUACAAUAUUUGAAAAGAUAAAAAUAAAUGUUUUG